UCCGUCGUCCAUAACUCUCCCGUCGCGAUCCGCAGUGAAGAUGAUGACAGACACGACGGAGGCAAGCCCACACGGCGGGCGUACCACCGGGCUCCGACACGUCGCCGUCCUCGCGACCAGCAGCCAAGAAGCCGCGCCUCAACUCGCCCGCCACGCCGCACGCAACGCCGGGCACCGCCUCCCCCCGCCUCAGAGCGAGCGACGCGACGCGCCGAAACGCGGGCCAAAGAAAACGGGGCCGACGAGGACGCAGAACGCAAGGCGCAGCAUGGUGCGCUGCCCGAGUUCUGUUCGCACGAUGACUGUGUGGCGCGAGAUCAAGGAGGUUCUCGGGCGGAGUACGUCCGAUGGGUAGCGCGGUCGGGUCGUGCUUGGCUCCGCUGUCCCGUGGGCAGUGAUCGUUCCUUUCUCUUUGCGGGCGAGAUUGUGCGCGCCAAGAUCUACCGCAACGCGAGAUGCAUUCGUUCGGUGACUUCAAGGAGGUGUUCAAGCCGACCUAGAGUGGAGAGACGACAUUCGCGUGCAGUGCCAAUUACUUCGCCAAGUGCGGGUGGGUGUCAGUAUCAGAUGCUGUCGCGUACCAGAAUUUCUCCGGCCUCGAGCAGUCAACCCUGCCGACCAUCGGAACGACCAAUGCCAUCACCCGAACAAUACAACUAUCGCACCAAACUGACACCUCAUUUUGAGGCUCCGAACUCGAAGCGAGGAAAGAAGCAGGACAAUCGUCCAAAGCGAUACCGAACGGCCGGAUUGGUUCAGGAUCGUAUUCAACGAGAGCGGAUCGCAGAGGUGAUUGACAUUGAGGGUCGCAGGACUGCCCAAUUGCAACUUCGGUCAUCCGUGAAACAUUGCCUGCGAAACUCUUCACCUACAAAAAGGGUGUUUCCCCUCAUCCUGCGGGACUCGCUACCCUUGUCCCACGAUAAGGACGCGGACCCCGAAACCCACAUCUGCGUGACGGAUCACAAAGGGACCGCCUCUUCGCGAUCACCCUUUCCCCCCACUUUGAGCGAGUGGCGGCAUCGAACUCUCCACGGAGUCGAUCCGCGCCGCGACGCGAAACGCGCAACUCAACUCGCUCCCGUCGUCAAGAUCUCCUUCCGCGCGGGGACGCCGGCGACAUCUUUCAGGGGCACGGACGAGUCGUUCAUCAAGCAGAUGCUGAUGCUGCGCCCGCGGACGGUGUGUACGUGA